AUGUAUUGCCUCAUGGUUGUUUUGGGGGCCCGGCCCUGGGCGUCUGGAUGUGGAUCCGUGGCCAUGCACUGCUCCUGGAAGUCCGUGGUUCUUCUGGCCCUGGCCUCCAUCGCCAUCCAGUACACGGCCAUCCGGACCCUGACCUCCAAGCCCUUCCAGCAGCUCUGCCCCCCCCCCCGCCCCCCCGGCUGCGGCCCCCGGGGGGGGGGGCCCCUCCCCCAGCCCCCCCCCGCCCGGCACCCCCCCCCCGCCCCCGCCCCCCCCCCCGAUCUCCACCACAGCCCCCCCGACCACCGCUACCACGGCCCCCCCGACCGGCGCGUGGCCCUGGGGGCCAGCAGGGACCUCCUGAGGAGCCUCUACGGCUGCGACCUGCACUUCCUGGAGAACUACAUCCGGCCCCCGCCCGCCAACCACAGCACAGACCGCCUCCUGGCGGCGGAGGCCUGCCGGGCCCGGCGGCACGUGGCCAUAAAGGUGGUGCGGGUCCCGGAGGUGGGGGACCUGCGGGCCCUGGUGGAGGACCCCCGGCUCAACAUCCGGGUCAUCCAACUGGUCCGGGACCCGCGGGGGAUCCUGUCCUCACGCAUCGAGACCUUCCGGGACCCCUACCGGCUCUGGCGCAUCUGGAGGGCCACCGGCAGGAGGCCCUAUAACCUGGAUUUGAGCCAGCUCACGGUUAUUUGCGACGACUUUUUCGGGUCCGUUUCCACGGGUCUGAGCAAUCCCGGCUGGCUGAGGGGGAAGUACAUGCUAGUUCGGUACGAGGAUCUGGCCCGAAACCCGUUGUUAAAGACGCAGGAGAUCUACGACUUUCUGGGGCUGGCGAUGGACGAAAACGUGAAGCGCUGGAUUGGCGCCAACACCCGGGGCAGCAGCGAGCCCUCGGCCAAACACAAGUUCGGCACGGUCAGGGACUCGGCGGCCAACGCGGAGAGCUGGCGCCUGAAGCUGAGCUUCGACAUCGUGGACUACGCCCAGAACGCGUGCCACAAAGUCCUGCAGCAGCUCGGGUACAAGGCCGUAAAGUCCGCCGAGGAGCUGAGGAACAUGUCCUACUCUCUGAUAAAACUAAACACACUGGACAGAGGCCAAAGCUUUGCAGAAAUACGACUCAGUUUUAUCUACAUGAGAGGUUUUUACCUGCUUCUGGACCAAAGGUCAGUCCUGACAGAAACAGCUGCAGAGGAGGAAUCUGAGAGAAUGAUGUUCCUCUUCAUCCUCUUCAUCCUCUUCAUCCUCUUCAUCCUCUUCAUCCUCUCGCAUCAAUCAUGUAAUUAUGAGCAGACGCAGACAGGGCGAUUAGCGUUUUGCUUUGGCAAAGCAAUGGGGCAUGCCAUCUGA